AUGAAGCUGAUCUCCAUUCUUGUAGCGGGCGGCCUCGGUGCUGCUCAGCAAGUAUAUAUCCCAGCGAACGGGCCAUCAGCGCGACCUCAAUGCGCAGCCAAUGGAAGCUAUGCGACAGCUACCCCGGUAUACUCGUACCGUGAUUUCAGCUUCACUCAGACCGAGACAGUCCGAACAGCGACUUCUCGGCCAGCUCCAACAUCCACUACAACAUUUGCACCGCCGUACGAGUCUUUGAGUAGUCUUGUACCAAGUCUGACAACGACGCAAUGGGGCAACUGGGAUCCUUCGUCGAACGCCACUGCUACAGAUGUUGGAGUACCAUACGGCAAUGCUUCUUGGACAGGAUUGUGGACGACCGUAUCUUGGACGAAUUUCACGCGCGGUAUCUACUCGACCACAGUAGAACCGACAGCUAUUCCCACGAGUGAACUCAUUCUUCCACCACCUGAAUAUCUGGCACCCCGCGAAUGCUACACCUUCCCAGAGGAUUUUAUGCUCGGAGUUGCAGGCAGUGCGACGCAGAUUGAGGGCGCUGUGGCAGACGAGGGCCGAACUCCAGCUUAUACGGAUGUUUUAGCUCUUCUGAAUCCUGCGGCGUCGCCAAACUACAUCACCAACGAGAACUACUAUCUCUACAAGCAGGACAUCGAACGAAUCGCUUCAAUGGGUAUCAAGUAUUACCGGUUCUCGAUCCCGUGGUCACGUAUCCUGCCAUUCGUACUUCCAGGCACACCGGUCAACAAGCAAGGCUUGGACCAUUAUGACGAUCUCAUCAACUUCGUUCUGGAGAAGGGCAUGCUUCCGGCAAUUGUGCUGCUUCACACCGAUAGUCCUCUUCAGUUUUUCUCCAACAUUAACGAGACCACGAUCACCCCUGGUACUGGUGGUAUUGGCUAUGUUGAUGCAGGCUUCCAGAACUCAUACAAAAACGUCUCGUUCGAGGAUGCGUUUGUAAACUACGGCAAGAUCGUCAUGACACACUUCGCUGACCGCGUGCCCAUCUUCUGGACUUUCAACGAGCCACUCCUCGGCGCGAAGAACGGCAAAUCAAUCGAUUCAGUCAUCAAGUCACACGCCCGCCUUUACCACUUCUACCACGAGGAAAUCAAGGGCACAGGCAAAAUCUCAAUAACCUUCAACAACAACUUCGGCGUCCCGCUCGACCCCUCAAACCCCGCCGACAUCGACGCCGCCAACCACUUCAACUCCUUCCAGCUGGCCACCUUCGCAAACCCCAUCUUCCUAGGCAUCGACUACCCGGACUCGUACAAAUCCACUGUCGCCGACUACGUCCCCCUCAGCGCCGCCGACCUCGCCUACCUCAACGGCACCGCCGACUUCUUCUCCAUCCAGCCGUACACCGCCACCGUCGUCAGCCCACCGCCCAACAGCUCCAUCGCGGCCUGCGCCGCCAACAUCACCCACCCGGCGCGCCCCUACUGCGUCACCCAGAGCACCACCGUGCGCGACACCCAGUGGAACAUCGGCUACCGCAGCCAGACCUACGUAUACACAACCCCCGUGUACUUCCGCACGUACCUCAACUACCUGUGGAACACGUUCAAGGCGCCAGUCGCGGUGACCGAGUUCGGCACACCCGUGUUCGGCGAGGCGGACAAGGCGCUGCAGGACCAGCUGUUCGACAGCCCGCGCAGCCAGUACUAUCAGUACUACCUCAACGAGGGCCUGAAGGCGAUCUGGGAGGACGGCGUGCAGUUUGUGGGCGCGUUUGCGUGGAGCUUUGCGGAUAACUGGGAGUUUGGCGAUUUCGGGGCCCGGUUUGGGAUUCAGGCGGUUAAUCGCACGAGCCAGGAGCGGUUCUAUAAGAAGAGUUUUUUCGACUUUGUGGAUUUUAUUGAGACAAGGAGGCAGAGGGCGUAG